AACUGUAUAAAUUUACUAAUAAGUUAUUUUUUUAUGUGUUAAAAAUCACCAAAAGAAUAAAAGUAAAAAUUCCUUAUGCGAAAAACCAUUAAGUAACUUAAUGACUUUUCGUAUAAAAGAUUUAUGCGCGUUAAAAUAUCACGGCAUUUCAAAAUAUCAUCAACAGCAGUUAGUGAUCUCUCGCCUAACUGGCGCCAUUGUUUACGUGUACUUCAAUCGAUACGCACCUGAUUAUUUUUUGCCGUAAGAUAGAUAUAUUUGCUUGAUGUAAAGACUUAAAAACUUAAUAAUAUAAGAGUACGACUUAGUUUUAAGUGAACCACAUUGAGAAUGAUGAGUUCUCGAAGCUUAAAGCUUCUAAAACUAGCUUUGAAUAAGGAAAAAAACGAUCAAAUCCCUAUACAUGUCACGGCAGAUAGUGAGAACAGUGAAAGUGUAUGUUCAGCCCCCGCUUCCAGUAACGUUGAAGUAAAGUGUUCUAAUCCAUUAAUUGUUGAGGAAAUAGCUUCCUGCAGCAGUACAAUUAGGCCUUUAGGAGAUUUAAAUAGAGAACGUAGAAGCCCACUGUCAAUUGCUGUACUUGACGAUUUUGAUGAAUCAGACGAUGACUCUGUAGCAGAGGUACCUAUGGGUACCAGCUGCUGAUGAGACUAGCAGUGAGGAGGAACAAGAAAGUUUACAAGGAAGGGAAGAGGAAGAAGAAAAUUGUUUCGAUGGCGUAAAGACCCCCCGAAAAAAAAAUGUCGGUGGACACAAGCUUAUCCAUCUAAUUGGCGAAAAAAUAUUGAAAAAAAAAAAGAUGUUUAAUUGUCAGCCUUUCAAAGCAAAGAAAAAAUCUAGACCAGCCAAGUAACCCAAGCCAGUUAACUGCGACACUUGUAAAUAUAAGUGCAGCACUAUUUUUAGUGAAGAAGACAGGCUUAACAUUUGCAAAUACUUUUGGAGUCUCUCCAGUUAUACGAGGCAAAAUGAUUUUAUUUUAAAAUUUAUAAAACGAAAAAAACCAGAGAGACCUGGAACAAAUGUGCCACUAGCCAAAAAACGCAAAUGUAGUAGAGCAUGCUAUUUUAUGAAAAAUUAAACAGAGCACAUGGUAUGUCAAACAUUUUUCCAAAAAACAUUAAGCAUAAGUAAUGGCCCAAUAAAUAAAGCCUUUGAAGGUUGUAAAGAUGGGGUUUUCGCACCGGAUGAUAGGAGGCGCAAGAAACCGCCUUAUAAUAAAACUAAAGACGAAGAUGUUGCCUUUGUAAAACAGCACAUUAAUAUGUUUCCUGUAAUGGAGUCACACUACUGCAGAAAAACUACAAAAAGACUUUAUUUGGACUCAAAGUUAUCCAUCAGCAAAAUGUUUUUUUAUACAAAUAAUUUUGCGUGGAAAAUAAUCGAACACCCGUGACUCACUCAGUGUACAGAAAAAUCUUUUGCACGUCAUUUAACCUGUAAUUUUUUGUGCCGAAAAAAGACCAGUGUUCCUUGUGUAAUAAAUUUUCAGAGGCCAAAAAGACAACAACACUUACUGAGCAACUUGAGUCUGAUUACAAUAAUCAUAUUGUUCAAAAAAAAUGAAACUAAUUUAGCUAAAGAACAAGACAAGGUGCUGUCAAAUGAAGAUGCUACAUUCCUUUCUGCUACAUUCGACUUACAGAGUGUUCUUUAAAUACCGUCGGGUGAGGAAUCGCUGUUAUACUACUCAAGGAAACUCUGUAUCUACAGCUCGUGUAUUUACGAAUCCAGACUACCUAAUGAGGCGUACUGCAUUGUCUGGUCUAAAGUAAAUGAAAAGAGAGGAAGUAAUGAAAUCGGGACUGCCCUGAUGCAGUGGAUUUUAAAACUUCCUGAGAAUAUUAAAGAAAUCUCAUUAUUUUCGGAUACGUGCGGAGACCAAAAUAGGAAUCAGCACAUCUCUGCAUUACUACUCUUCCUUACACAGACCACUCACAUAGAUGUCAUUGAACAAAAAUUUUUGGAGUCAGGACACUCUUUUAUGGAAGUGGACAGUAUGCAUAGUGCGAUCGAAAGGUAAAAGAGGCAUGUUAGUGUGAAUUCUGUAUUGGAGUGGAUGAACAUAAUGCAAAAGGCCAGAUCGAAUAGGAAUAGAAAAACAGCCAAUCCCUAUCAUGUAAGUCAAUUAAAAUUUUCUGAUAUUCUUGACCUCAAAGACCUUAGUAAUCGCAUGAUUAAAAAUCGCCUUAAAGAUGAUGAUGGCAACAUAGUCAAAUCAAAUGUCUACGCUGCGAAAAACAAAGCCCAGGGAUAAUAAAGUUUCGUUAUAGCCAUAAUGGAUUAGGAUCUGUACUGUAGGCAGUACUUUAAAUGUUUUUAAGCGAGGUCGUCAAAAUAAAAUUGCAGAUAUUAAAAAAGCUUAUAAAGAAAUUCUUCCCAUUAGUGUUCCUAAAAAGCAAGAUGUAUUAAAUUAUUUAUCUAUAAAACUGUGUCAGAAAAAUAUUAUACCAGAAGAACUUCACUUAUGGUAUCAGUCACUACCAACUGCCACCAACGUAAAAGACCACACUGUGGAACCUGAGCAAAAUGAGGAUGAAAGUGAAGAAGAAGGUUAGAAGUAGGAAAAAGUGGCUAAAUUGUCGACUAAGCCUCGAUAAGCCUGAUUUACAAUUAGGCAUUACACUUGCAUUGAUUGCAUGUGAUUUUCAUUUAUUUAUGUGAUUUUGUAUCUUUUUUAUUGACUUGUAACUGGUCCAAUAAAGUAACUAAUUACUGGUUCACUUUAGUUUUUUUAUUGCUAAAAGUCACUAAUUGGGUUUUUCUUUGGUUUUUAUUAUACUUUCUGGAAAAAAAGUAGCAUUUUGAGAGUUAAAUUCAAAUGUACAUUUAAAUAGGAAAACGUUGAA